GGCAACUCCGCUGGAGUGGCCAACAACAGAGCCCCAAAUUCCAAGAAAUCCGUGUAGCAAACGCAUCGAAAUGGGUGCCACGGCCUCCUGCAAGAAAACCUCUGGGUAUCCGGAGCACGAUGAUCCCAGCUACCGUAAGUGCCAGGAGCUCAAGAUGGAGCGAUGGAUUCAGAUGCAUUAUCAGAUUAAGCAGCGCGAACAGGCUUUGGCCAUUGCCCAGCACCGAGAGCUCUUCUACUGGUUGAGUGGUUUCUAUCUAAGUGCCGUCUAUGGCUGCGCCAGUUACUACCAAAGGGUUAAGAGGGUAUCCGCGCUGGCUCCGCUCCUGCCGCUCACCUUUGUGGUGGGAUACUACACGGACUGGGCCUACGGCAGUAAGCUCCAUCGCAUCCAAGCGGAGGCCAACAUGAUCAUGGAGCACGAACAGGAGCUGCUCCAUUGGCCAGGCGGUCUGCCCACAGUCGCUGGCAUCGAUGAGGCUCGCGUGGAGACCGAAAUGGAGAAAAAAAUGCAUCCGCACCACAUGUAGAGGCAAAAGGCUGCCCCUGUCCCCUGUAGUCUGUAGGCGGGAUUGGGUUCUAGUGUCCAGGCUUCCAUAUGAACAUCGCAAAUCAAUAUAGGAUUCAGAUACAAGAAAACAGAAGGAAAUCAGGAAAAUCAGUUUCAGAAGUUUGUGAAUCCCUUUAGCUAGAAUUGUAAAUUUUUUGCAUCAACAU